GCAUAUGUCAAAAAAGGAAAAGCGUUCAUAGCUUAAUCGAAAUAUUUGAGGAGAGCAAAUAUUAAUUUUGACGAAAGGUAAAGAAAGCAGGUUUCCUGUAGAAUAAAUUGUUGCGAUUGCGGUUUAUUUCCAUACGGUAGUUGAGAACGGAAAAAAUCAUGGCUGGCGGCAAUGCGCCACGCGUGACCCAGGUGACUAAUAUAGCACCUCAGGCGACAAAGGAUCAAAUGCAAGCUUUAUUUGGCAAUAUUGGAAAAAUAGAAGAGAUACGUUUAUAUCCUACAGUAAGAGAUGUCUCUUGUCCAGUCACAUCUCGUAUAUGCUAUGUAAAGUACAUUGACAGCAACUGCGUCCCAGUAGCUCAGCACUUGACAAAUACGGUGUUUAUCGAUCGUGCUUUAAUUGUAAUCCCAGUUUUAGCAAUACCAGAAGAAUAUAGAGCUUUAGAGAUGUAUAAAAAUGGAACUAUUGUCCCAGGUUUACAAAAACCGGAUUCUAAAUUACCACCAGAAGUAAUAAAUCGUAUAGAAGGCCAAUCGCCACAACAAGUUAUUAAAACUUACGAUCCGAAAUUGUUAGAAAACAAUUUACCCGAAUAUCCGGCUUUACCGUCUUUUUAUGACACUCGGAAAAUAGAAGAAAUACGGCGUACUAUAAUUGUAUGCGAUGUCAAGAACGAGUGGCGCCUGGAUGAUCUAAUGGAUCGCUUUCAACGCGCGGGUGAAGUCAAGUAUGCUAGAUGGGCUGAGAAGGACAACAAGACUUACUGCAUGAUUGAAUUUUGUGAGCAAUCGAGCAUUAUUAAUGCUUUAAAAAUGCAGGGUCAAGAAUUUAAGAACGGCUAUUUGAAUAUAUAUCAUUCAACGGAUGCCAUAAUAAAGCCCGAGGCGAAAUCAAAUGAAGCGGCGCAAAAAGAAAUCGAGGAAGCCAUGACCAUUGUCAAAGAAGCGCAGAACAUGAUUUCGGCUGCCAUUGAUCCAGUUAUUGGUAUGCUGGCAAAAGAUAAAAGAAGACGAUCGCGUUCUAGGUCACGUUCCCGUGACCGCCGCACAAGUCGUUCUCGUUCUCAUCGCUCAAGAUCUCGGAAACGUUCCCGGUCACGUACUAGAAGGCGGUCGCGUAGCAAGUCUAAGCGGAGGACUCGUUCCCAUUCACGACAUUCACGGUCUCGCAAGAGGUCGCGCUCUCGUAAACGAUCUCGUUCCCGUCGCAAGAGUCGUUCUUCCUCUCGGUCUAAAAGGCGCUCACGCUCGCGGGAUCGUCGUAGCAAGCGCUCGCGUUCUCGUCAUCGUCGUACCUCUUCACGGUCUCUUCGAUCUCGCUCUCGCACAAAGCGCUCCCGUUCUCGUGAACGUAAACGCUCGCACCGAACACGGGAAGAGAAAAAUUUUCGUUCAUCACGCUCACACAGCAAGAGGCGUUCACUCUCACCAGCCUCUGUGCGUUCACGUUCCAGUCGUAGUAAAGAUAUUGGACGGUCAAAUCUAAAAUCGACAAAUAAUAUAUCAUCCUCAUCUUCUUCUUCGUCAAAAAACCGUUCACGUACUCCAGCCGAUCGGAAAUCGAAAAAUGAGGAUGUGGAUAUUAAAAGCACCAGGUCAAGCGUUGAUUCGAAGUUUCGUAAGUCUGUUAGCGUUGAGAAGUCAGAUAAUAUGGACAUAUCGAAUUCACCAUAGAUCUUAAACAAUAUAAAAUUGACACUGCUUUCUCUUUUCUUCGAUUUUAUUAUAUAUAAAUUUUAUUUAAAUUGAUUAAAUAAAAGUUUUUUCUUGCGUGUCAAGCAUAUUCUAAGUGAUGGAUGGAUUUCUUUACAAAUAAAACAAAAAUAAUCUGAGGUAAUGCGAGUGAUGGGAUGUUGGUCGUAGGAAAUUCUGGGCUACUGUGUGUACUAAAUCUUCCGAUCACAAAAAUUAUAUUGUAAUUAAGUUUGGCAAAUCAUUGGAAGGGAUUGAAGGGAAGAUACCCUCGCAAAGAGCUAGAUGAGAAGUCUCAAAGUGAAGUUAAAAAGCCCAAAAGAAUCGAUAAAUGUUUUCAACUUUCUUCGAGCAAAUUUGAUAGUAAAACCACAUCAUUUAAAGCUAGCAAUAAAGCAAAUAAAUAAAAACUUCUU